GGCGGAAGCGAGGCUGGGAAUCCCAGAAUACCAGUCGGGCGGGGUUGGGUCUGGGCUCAGCUGUCUGUCCUCAGCUUACAAGGAAGAGCUAUGCACAGGGCUGGAAGAUGGCAGAGCUGCAGAUGUUACUAGAGGAGGAAAUCCCUGCUGGGAAGAGGGCUCUGAUUGAGAGCUACCAGAACCUCACCCGGGUGGCAGAUUACUGCGAGAGCAACUACAUCCAGGUGGGUCCCUGGGACCCCCAUCUCAUGUACUGGGGGUGCUGCUUGGGAGGGGUGGGGGGGAGGUUUGCUCAAUGGCUGGAGGGGAGGUGUUCACAUUCAGUACAGGAAGUGUGGGAUGGUGCUAUUAGAACAGAUAAUAUUUAAAUCACACAUUUCCAGAAAUAUAUGUGUGUGUGUAUGUGUGUGUAUAUGUAUAUAUAUAUAUAUAUAUAUAUAUAUAAAAAAAAAAAAAAAAAUUUUAGGGUAAUUUGAGUGGAUUUUUUUCCCCUGUGCCCUUUGACCCCACACUCUUCCUGGUGAGAUGCCACCCUGUUGAGUGGGGUGGUGGGUGUAUCCUUGCUCUGCCCUAGAGGGUGUGCCUUUUUUUUGUUUCUUUUUUCUUCUUGUUUAAUUAUGAGUCAUAUCACAUAAAUGUCCCUGGGGUGCUAUAGCUGCAGCAUGUUUAUUAGCUAGGGGGUUCUACAUUCUAUCAAUGAUUGUGUUCUCUCCAGUGUUCCAUUCCCCCUGGGUGUCAGUCUGCAGUGUGAUCCAUGUAUUUGUGUGUACACACAUCAUGCAGAGCAGACAUGACCAUAAUUGUGCUUUGUGUCCUAGGCUUGGCUGUCUAGACAGAAGUAAGAAGCAAUCCUAGCAGAUUUAUUUUUCUUAUUUAACCUGGUUGAUGUUGAUUUUAUGUAUUUUUUUUAUUUUAUUUUUUUGUACUAAAUAUGAAUUUGUAUCUUUAUUGUAGCCAUUCCUUUGUUUAUAGUAAAUAGUUUGUGUCUGUGUGACAGAUUUGAAUCCCAUCACCAUGUGUGACAGCUGUUAGCAGGGUCAUCUCCCUCAUUGCUUGGCAAUACCCAGUUCCUGUCUGACCAAGAUUUGUCUCUGGGAGUCAUGUAUAAAAACAUUGUUACAUGCUAUGAAGUAGAAUGUAUGCCAUUGUGUUGGAGGUUAGAUUGCUGGAAGGCCUGCGAUGUUUGUACAAUGAUUUGCAGCACAUUCCAUUGCUUGCUGCAGGUUUCAACACUUAUUUGCACUGUAACACAGGCCUAUGGACAUCAAAGGGCAACAUGGCAGUAUGUUAAUGAUUUUGUAUUUGUGGAUUUGCCCCCUGAAAUCAUUGCGUUUUUUUCAGUCAUAUGUGUCAAAACAUGUGCAGUCACUGGUGUCUAAAGGUAGAUUUCCUGGUGUUGUAGAUCUGCUAAUCCACAGAUUUAUUUGCAUGUUUUAUGGCUGGUAAAGUAUUGUGGGAAUUGUAGUUCUACAUAUACCUGCUAAUCGGUUUUGUCAACUCCUACUUUAAAGUAAUACUGGAAAAAAUGUAUAUAUAUAGAUGUAUGUGUGUGUAUAUAUGUAAUGUCACUUGCUGUUUUUUAAUUUUUUUUUUUUUAAUUUGGAACUACCAUUCAAAUUUUAUGAAUAAUGUACGAAAAUCGUAAAACUUUUGCUCAACUGCAAAGUUACUGCAAGUUAGGAGCAUGGCUGUCCCACCCAUAAACUUGUUUCCUCUCAUGUGUGAUAUCACUCAGUUUGGCCCCCAACAUAGGAGGGGCACAGCAGCACUUCAUUAAGAAAUAGUUAUGUGACUCACUGGUGUAUGUAAUAUUAUGAGUCAAAGAUACUCAGAAUGGAAUGUUCUCUGGGUCGCAGUGACACUGGAAAAUCAGUGUUUUCCCCCAAAGCAGAAGCAGAUUAAAAGUAUUGUUGUGUCACCCUUGGUUUGGCAAGAAUUGUACAGUUUUUUUGUUUUGUUUUUUUUUAAGUGAAAUCUGCUUUAUUUGGUUGCAUUUUGUAUGAAAAUUGCACAGUUUCAUAUUGCUAAUAAUGCAGAAUUUUCAUUGUACUUGAUUUAGUUGUACAGAAUAUAUAAUGGUAAAACCUAAGGUUAGCACGCUAGUGCCUCGUUUCCACUGAGCGGAACAGUUCGGGUCGGUACAGUUUGGAAGGGUAAGAAUGGUCCAGCCUAUUCAGGUGAGCGUUUCCCCUACAAGUCGGUCCGCUAGGGGCCAUGCGGGGUUUAGACCAAAUUCCUAGCAUGUCAUUUGUCAUGAGCAUUGACGUUUUCAUGUCCUCCAAUCAAUGGAUUGUAUACUGUGACGCUAGUAGCUCACCCUAACCGUACCAUACCAUUUCCUAUGCCCCUACAUCUGAAGGGGGACCAGGAAUGGUGCAGUUCGGUUGUAUGGGCCACUUUCAUAAUGGAAACACUCAAAAUAGCGUACUGUACCGAACCGACCCAUUCCCCUCAGUGGAAACGAGGCAUAAAUGUUUCUGAAAUGCAUGUGUUAUGAUGCUCAGUCCUCCUCAACAGACACUGAGCCUAGAAACAUCUUGUGUACCAAACUUGGCUAUCGCUGGCAUACAGCAACACUUAAUGGACCAGCCCCACUAUUUGAAUAUCACGUGCCCACAGCAUCAAUUGCCCUUUAGUAGUUUUUACACCCUCUUUUAGUCAGAUCCACUUAAAGUGAUGUAUAUCUAAGAACCUUCUUUAUUAUAAGAUGAAUUAAAAUGCAGAUAAAAAUAAUCAAAUAACCACAAACUUUCGCAAAAGCUACCAAAGCAACCGUUCUUUCCUUUAACCUUUAAUACAAAGGACUCAUUAAAAGGACACUAAGCACCAAAACAACUUAAUAAGGCAGGUUUGGGAUGUACAUCAUGCUCUUGCAGUCUUGUUGCUCUGUUCUCUGACAUUUAGUCAUUACAUAGCUUCUGUUUAUACAGCCCUAGUAACACCUCCCUGGCUGUGACUCAUACAGCCUCCAUAAAUAAAGGGUUCAUUUUCAAUCAGACCUUACAGCACAGUGUUUUUACUCUAGAAGUUUAUAUAGAAUUGUAACUCUAAACACACACAGGAGGUGUUUUACAGAUUCUAGCAGGCUGUAGAUAAGAAGAAAUUCAAAACUAAACAAAAAUGUGAUAAGUGACGCUAAAACAAAUAGAUGUUUUAUUUCAAAAUGUGUAUUUGAGUGAGUCACAUCCAAGGAAGGUGUGGCUAGGGCUGCAUAAUUAAAGUGAUUUUAAAGGAACACUUUAGUGUUAGGAAUACAAAGAUGUAUUCCUAACAUUAGAGUCCCUUUGCCCCCUUAGUUUUCCCACCUGGCUGUGAAAGGUUUAACUGCCCCCCCCCCAAAAAAAAAACCCGUGUCACUCACCUUAUUCCAACACUGAGGGGUGAACCUAAUGAGCAGUGAGUGAUGCGUGUGCAUUAGGCCUUUCCCAUAGGAAAGCAUUGACUCAGUGCUUUCCUAUGGGAAUUUCACAGCCGUUGGACAUCCUCAUGCAAAGCGUGUGGAUGUCAAUCAUCGUUUCUCAGUGUUAAACUUUGUGUGAAUUAAGGAAGCGCCUUUAUUGGAUGUCUUAGCCUUGUGAUGUAAAACAUUGCAGUGCCAAGGGAAACAGAGGCAACACACCGAGACCACUUCAGUGAGAUAUAGCCUAUAGUGUCUCAAAAUAUUUCAAAUGUUCCAAAUGAGUGGACACAUCAGGCAAAGGAAUACUGCAACUUGCACAAAGAAGAAAUAAAAAUAUUAUUUAUUAUUAUUAUUAUUAUUAUACAAGAUUUCAUUCAAUUGCCAUCAGUGAACUGACAUGUUGGAGUUGCAGAAGUUUUAAGUUCAAAUUUACUACAGUGUUUACAUUUGCAAUACAAUGAGGCAACACGUUCAGUCUGUAACUCCAAUGUGAGGUUAUUUUUAUCUGCAUUUUAAUUACAAUUCUCUUAGAUUCGUCACACUAAGUGGUUUCUUCUCCUCUUAAAGUAACCUGAAAUGUACUUUUCUCCUAUCAUUUCAUUUUCUCUUCCUCUUUUGGAAUGCGUUCUUUUUUACAUUUCUGAUCUAAAUCUAUUUAAAACUUUAAGGCCAAGAAGGAACUACUUUUGUCUUGUGUAUUUUUUCCUACACUUGACAAGCUUGACAAAGGGUGGGGCUUAAGGCAAGCUUGCCAUGCAUAAGACAAAGUCCCUACUUGUUUUAAAGAGAAUUUGGUAAGAAAAGAACAGAUUCUGAAUGAGUUAGAGGAAACAAUAGGAGCCAAGUUUGAGGUGACCAAACCACUUUAAAGGGACAUCUCAAUGCCGUUGUUAUGGUGCCAGGAGGCCCAUAGAGGCAUUCUUACCUUAAAGGAUUAAACUGAGGGAUAUAACCCCAAAGAUGCCUCCAGCGCUGGUCUUUGCUCCUCCCUAGGUCGUAUCGGGCAUCUGAUAUCUCACUUACAGGUAGUGCGUAGUGCCGUCGGGCAGUUUACCACCAAUUGGCUGAGAGGUCAGCUGAUGCUUUCAGCCAUUCAGUGACUCCCCAUUUACUAAACUGGCAUUCAAAAAACACAUACCUUUUGCAAGCCAGUUUAGUGAAUUGGGAGUCAAUGGCUGAGUGUUAGCUGACUGCUGUCUGCCUGGGGAGGAGCUGAGACCAGCACUGGAGGCUUUUUUGGAGUUAAACUUCUCAAACAGUUUAACCCAUUUUAGGUAAGUAUGCCUCUGUGACCUCCUGGCACCAUAACAACUUUAAUAUGAAUAAGUUAUUUUGGUGGUGUUGCUACUGUAGGAAUCUGGAAUUCACCUGAACCUGUCCAUCAUGGGUGCUGACAUCUUGAUCUGGUGGGGGUCCUGCCCUGACGCCAUUGCUGUACUUUCGUGCAUAUGCGAGAGUACAGCAUUGAGGUCUAUGUGGGAUCCUCCAUAGACACAACCAAUUCCCUGCAGCCAGCACUGGUGACUGGGGGGAAGGUGUCAGUGCAACUUUAAAUUUGUCUAGUGAAGAUAUUUCUUUCAUCAACAAAAGCAUUUUUUUCCUCUUCAUCUCAUCUUUACAGAUCUGUAAGCUCUAGAAUAUGAGUUAAAUAUUGGUUACUUUAUCUAGACGCAAAAAGGAAGCUGCCAAGAUUUCCUGAGAAGCCAUUAUGAUCCAAUAAUAUUUAUAGUCUUUAGUGACAGCUCUCACUAAUAAUUCACUUAGUGCAUAGUUACCGUGAUCACAUUUGAGUAGGAAAUAGAGGCCUCUCACAAUGUCAAUAUAUACUUCCCUUAAACAUAAACAGCUUAUGGUAAAAUAGUACAUGGAGGAGAAACAAGAUGUAGAGUGUGUGGAUCAUUUUUAGCAGACAGCAUUAUGGUCUAUGACAGCAGAGUGACAUGAUUACUCAAUUGUUAGUUAAAAUGUAAAACAAAGCUCAUAUGAUGCCGAGCCAGCAUCAUAUACAGUAUUUUUCACAAAAGCCGCAGUGGCAAAGAUUAGCUGCUCUCAGAAUAGAUGAUUUAUUGGAUAUAGUAUACUUUAUUAUUUAGCAGGGCUAAGAAUUUCAGAUCUUACGUGAUUAGCUAGGCCUUAAAGGAACACUGUAGGGUCACAGACGUGUAUUCCUGACCCUAUAGUGUAAAUAAAAACUCCAUCUACUCCCUGCUGUUCCCUGACCCUCCACUUCCCUUUGCUGCCUUAAAUAUAGCAAAAUCUUACUUUUCUUAAAGUCUGCUUCUGCUGGCUUUGCCACUGAUUUACCUGCUUUGCUGACAUCAUCAGAAGUUGUGUUCUAAGUCAAUCACAAUGCUUUCACAUUGGAUUUCCUGAGCUUGUCAAGGAAGCAGAUCAGGGGCAGAGCCAACACAGCCCUGGCCAAUCGGUAUCUCUUCAUAGAGAUGAAUUGAAUCAAAGCAUCUCUAUGAGGAAAGUUCAGUGUCUCCGUGCAGAGGGUGGAGACACUGAAUGGCAGUCACACUGAACGUGCAGCACUGCCCCAGGAAGCACCUGUAGCAGCCAUCUGAGUAGUGGCCAGUAGAGUUAUCACUAGGCUGUAAUGUAAACACUGCAUUUUCUCUGAAAAGACAGUGUUUACUGCAAAAAGCCUAACGGGAAUGAUUAUACUCACCCGAACAAAUAAAAUAAGCGGUCGUCGUUCUCGUAACUAUAUAGUGUUCCUUUGACCGGUGGGGAAGUGGCACAGUCACCAGAGUGAAUUUCUGCUUGAUAAAGGCUACAUUUUUACUUGCCAGUGGCUGGCGAUAUUUUGAGCCCUGGAAAUUCAGUAUAAACAGAGAACAUGACCUCUUAUAUUUUAUAGGGCUUUGCUUUAAUAUUUGGCAAAAGCCACACAAAAAAAAAGAUUUAGCUGGACUUUUAGAAUGUGCUGAGGAUUUAUGUACGCUUUUAACGGGCUACCAUGCUUUGUUACAUCUUCCUUCAAUGUUACAAUGUAGAUGGAUAAAGCAAUGUGUUAAACCAGGCAACAUGUGUUUGCUGGCAGAAAAACAGGAAACUGCUCUUCAAAGGCCAUAUCAGAGCAAUUACUUGCAGUCUUUUACAGUGAUAGCAGAUGCAGACACUGACCUGCUUCCUGCUUUGUUUCUCCACCCAAGUCGAGACCUUAUAUCAGUGGUUUCACUGAUUCAGAGCCGGGGUGUGCCAGCACCUGGGUAAGAGCUACUUCUCUUUUGCAAUGCUAAAAAUAAAGCAUAGUGAUUUGUGCCUAAAGAUACUUGGGAUGGAAUCCAGACUUGAUUCAUAUUAUUUAUACAUGUUUUAUGAGUGUUUAUGCAAUAGACUAAAACACAAUUUUUUAAAAAAAAUUUUUAACCUCAAGUCUUGAUUUUAUUUUCAGAUAGAAUAAUGUGGUGGUAUUCAGUAGGUGUUGCAGAGAAUUGGAAAAAGUGAAAAAUUUAAAGGGACUCUAUAGUCCCCAAAACGUGUGAAGCCGUUAUAGUGUAUCGAUCAUGCCUCUGAAGUUUCACUGCUCCAUUAUUUGCCAUUUAGGAGUUAAAUUCACCAUUUUAAAAAACUUAUUUAUUUUUCUGUUUAUGGAGCCCUAGACAAUAAGGAUCGACCGAUAAUGAUUUUUUAGUACUGAUAAUCUGUGAACUUUUAGGCAGAUAGUCGAUAGCUUACCAAUAUUCUGUACAUUUACCGUUUUUUAAGAAAACAAUAAAAAAAAUUGUUUAAAUCUUUGGGGGAAUUUUUUUUUAAUUUUGAUUAGGUGGUAAAUGCAUAAAAUAUACAUGCCAGUCAGAUUUUUAUUUUUUGAAUACUUUAUUUUAAAAAAAAAAGCAUUUGACAUUUACAUAGUGUACAGUAAGCAAUGCCAGUAUUGCGUUAUGUUAGUUGGCUCGCACGGUGUUUGUAUUAGCGUGAUUCUAUUCGAACAUGGUUAGCUUGGCAUUUCGGUUUGUCAAGAAGCUUUCAUUUUUAUAUUUAUACAUAACAAACAACCUUGUCAGUUUUUUUUUUUUUUUUGUCUUCAAGAAUAUUUGUGUGUGUAGUUGAUACAGUGAGAGUAUUUGAUUAGUAAAUGUAGUGGAUGCAGUGUGUUUGUGUGUAAAUAUGUGUGGUAGGAACUUCCCCCAUUCCCCUUAAUGUUCCUGUCCCUUAUCUUUUAGUGCCUCCCCACCCCAGUGUUUCUUUUCCCUUCCCUGUACCUUAGAGCCCUCCCAUAGUGCCCUCCUCUCUCGCCCCACAGUGUUCUCCCCCACAGUGUAAUUUCCCCCUGUCUUGUCUCCCACGGUACAGGAAAUUCAGUCUCCUGUACCCGGCCGGACUGACAGUGCUCUAAGUGAGCACUUCCUUUCAGUCCGGACGGGUACAGGAAACAUAAGUUCCUGUACCACGUUGCACACUGCUCCGCUCGGCCAUGCUACACAGAGUGCCUGGCAGGAGGGAGUGCUGUGCGCCCCGGUCACUACAAUCUAGCGCCAUUUGGGCAGGUGCGCCCUAAGGCGGCUGCUUGUGCCGCCUUAUGGACGCACUUAGCCACCUUGUCGGUAUUACCGGUGAUUAUCGGCCGAUACUUAAAAAAAUUGGAAUAUCGGCAAAACCGAUAAUCGGUCGAUCCCUACUAGCCACACUCCAAGACUGUGACUGACACAGCCUGCAUGAAAACAAAAUGGUUCAUUUUGAAAUAGAUGUAACUAAAUUUAAAAGUUUAUUUUUAUUUUAUUUUGUAAUUUUUAUUUCCUGCUCUGUAAAUUGAACUUUUAUUACAUGCAGCAGGCUCCUAGAGGGUCUAUUAACAGAGCAUGACACAAUACUUUCUAAAUUAAACAGAAUUUGCAGGAAGUGUAAAUAUUAGAUGACUCUUUAUAAGAAGUGUUUAGGAAAGGUGUGGAAAUCACAUGCAAGGGGGUGUGCCAAGGGCUGUAUAAACAAAGUAAUCUAACUCCUAAACAGCAGAGAAUCGAGCAGCAAAACUGCAGGGGGGGCAUGAUCUAUACACCAAAACUGCUUCAUUAAGCUAGAGUCAUCUUGGUGACUAUAGGUCAAGUAAUGAAACCGGAAAAUUCUUGUAUUCUAGAUUUGGUAUUCUGGCCUUCAAUUCCCUUGUCACUUAUCCACAAUUCCUGGUUAACUGAAAUAACCUCCUACUUUGUUCCACCAGGAAGCUGUUUUUAAUUUCCUGUUGCCCACCUGACUCAUUCACCCCUCCCCCCCCGCCCCCCACACCAUGCCACGGUAUAGUUGAUCGCAUAAUUUCCAUAUUUUAUAUUUAACUACAAUUUGCUAAUGUCACAGAGAGAAACUACUGUGAUGGAGACAGUCACUUGUGUGGGAGUGUUAUAGAAUGCUUUUGGCACUCACAAUUGGGUCCUUUCUGCUGAGUAUGGCCACAAUUCAGAGCAAGAAAUUACAAUUUCUAUUGGGGUAAAAUCUAUAUCUCUUGUCGGUGGUGUUUGGUGUGAAACAAAUUCCAGAAGCAAAAAAAAUAUUAAUUAUUAGCCCGAUAUUAUUUUUAUUUGCUUUGGGACAGUGUGACCACCCCUCCCCCAGUGUAAAAUAAACAUUUUGUUUAAUAAACCUGGAUCUAGUUUUGUGAAAGAUAUUUAUUUUUAUUUUUUGGCACAAUGGGAAAACAAAAUUGUUUUAUGCCUCGUGGGAGAGAAUUAGAUUCUUUUCUGCUGUGAAAUGUUCUUUUCAUGUAUUCCUCAGUACAGUGCAAACUGUGUUACAUUCCUUCAGAUUAAACACUUUAUUUUUAACCAAAAAGGAGAUAUUCGAGAGAAUACUUUAGAGUCUUGAGUUGUUUACUUGACAUGUGAGCAUGGUGACCAUCAUCCAGUUUCUUAAUGGCGUGAUUUUUAAAAAUUUUUAUUUUAGUUUAGCUGUAAAUCCCUCUACAAUGAGAAUAGAAAAACAUACCUUGUUAUCAGAUAUAUGGCCUUUUAUUAUAUGGCAUAAUUUGGUGUUUUUCUAAAUGAAUGCCUGUUAAAAGGUAUUUUCCCCUUCAAUAUCAAUCAGCUGGUUUAAAUGGGCCUUUUCAGAAGUAUUUCACUGAGUUUCCUCGUAUGACCCUAGACAUGAAUGCCAUUCAUAUGAUAUUCUGCUGCCAGGCAGGUUAGUGAAGCCUAUUUCACUUGCUUACUGUCUGCAGUGGGAAAACCAACAGUGUCCCAGACAGCUUAAUCUCCCAUGUUGCAGGCAGACUGAGUCUGUUAACCCCUUUAUUAUUACAGCAUGAUUCAAAACUGGCCUGUGCAGGAGAUCUGUCUUUAGCCAGCUACAAAAGACAUGUAUACACAUGUACCGACGAAAGGUUCCCUGUAAUGUUUUCAAAUGUACUUGUCUACUGCCCAUGAAAUCCACAGCAAAUGUAAAGAUAUGCUUUAAAUUGUGAUCUGGAUAUCUCUGGGCUGUGCACACAUAUGGGUCUGUUACAUUUUUAGCUAAAAUACAUAUAAGGGAAAUGAUAGCAUGCAGACGUGAUCUUUAAAAAUACAUUUUAAAUACAGUUCUACUUAAAAUGUAGGUAGCAGAAGCAUAAUUUUUCUAGAAUACCUUUGCAAGUACCCACUGCCAUGUUACACAGUAUACAGUUCUGCAUGUGCAUUGAUGGAAUCGGCCAUCAAUCAUUGAGUAAAUGAGGAUGGAAGUCAAAGCUGAAAAGUCUUCCUGCAAUUGUUCUUCUUUUAAAAAUCUGUAUUUAAAAGAACUAGUUGCAGUACGAUACCAUCUACAGCUUUAUGCAAUUAGUCUUUGGGUUCCAUCCUCUGGUUUUCGUCGAAGUGUUUAUGAUCUUAUCUCCCCCCUCCCACCUCCUUUGAUGCAAUUCACUUCUAUGGUGUCUCUCUAACCUUGGAUGGCAAAGAUAGGCAGCAAGCACUGGGCUCUCUGCGAAGUUGGAUGGCUUGGUUUCCUUUUUUUAGUUUAAUUUCGGCAUUAUGAGAGGAACCAGGCUUUGAGUGUGGGUGAGUCCCAGUGUUUGUAAAAACGCUCAAAGGGUUUGACAGAUGGGGGGCAUCACCCACAAUCAUGGCACCUUACGCAGUACAUUAAUUUUGAUAACCCAAUGCAAAUACAAUGGGUGAUUGUCUGAAAUCCUGUUAGAGUAGACUGAGUUUGUCUGAGAGGUUUAUAGCCGGAAAAUUUGGAUGUUUUGCAAAAGCAUUAUCCAAAAUCUCUGCAUAGUUUAUUGCUUGUCACUCGUCAGCAUCUCCAGCCAUCACUGAAGUGGUAAGGAAAGAGUAGAAUUAAAGACUUGUUUUAUCUCUCACAAACAUGCUUAUCUUAGGUUGUUACUACAAGAAUAUAUUAGAUUUUUAAAAAAUGUUUAUUGUAACAAAACCAUGGAGGGAGCGAUGUUCCCCGCUUCUCCAUAUGGACCAUUCUUUACUGUUGACCAGUCCAAAAGGUGACAAUUGUCUAUAGAAUAAAAUCUAUAUAUCUCUUGUCAGCGGUGUUAAGUGUGAAACAGAUUCAGGAAGCAAACAAAUUGUUUUAUUAACUUGAUAUUAUUUUUAUUUGCUUUGGGACAGUGUCACCCCCAGAGGAAAAAAUACAUUUGUUUAAUAAACCUGGACUUGGUUUAUUGAACGAUUUUAGUUUGGCGCAAUGGGGGGAAAAAAAUUAUGCCUAGAGGAAGAGGAUUGGAUUCUUUUCUGCUGUGAAACUGUAAUUUCUACUAUUUCUCAGUGGAGUGCACUAUUAUAAAAAUGCAAAAUUGAUACAGUACAUGUAUUUAAAAAAAAUAAAACAUUUUUUAAAUGGCAUAAUAUGCCUCCAUGUUUUGAGGCAUUCUAUGCUGUUUUGGGAUUUGGUAAGAUAAGAUGACUAUCUGGCAUUAAUUGUACCUCUACCCCUGGGUGUGUCGGGCAGAUACAAUAAUGUGAAGUUUUCCUUUCUAUAAAUGUAGAUUAUAAAGCCAAGACUUGAAAAGUCCCAAAAUAACCAUGCCAUGCUGCUCAAAAAAUAUCAUUAAUUGUGCUAUUGAAUAGUCUUCAAGUAAACUGUUAGUACCGUAGGUGCUCUUUGUUCACAAUCAUGGAGUCUUUGUUUUUUGGAGAUGUUGAAUAGUCUUUUAUUGAAGCAUUCUUUCCGAGCUCCGGAAAAUAAUUUUAUUUAGAGUUUGACAGUUUUCUCCGACGCAUAAAGCCAAUAAGUAUCAUGUGACGUAAACGAGUUGAGAAAUAAAUGAGAAAAAUGUGAGUUUCUUGUUUAGAUUCUGUGUAUUUUCAUGUCAAUUGUGCAAAAAAAAAAAAAUGUAAUCCUGUACAUUAUAGAACCCCCUCCGCGCUUUAGUUACCCGUUCGCACUCUUGGAGUGCAACUGAAAGCUGUGUUUGUAAUUUAUUUGGGUGUGAGUAGUUUUGGGUAGAUUGUUGUAUGGGGAGCACCUUCAUUAAGCUCAGGCUUUGUGUGGAGGAACUCUGCUUCGGACGAUAUUCGUAUCUAAUGGAGUAUAACAAUAUAAGUGUGUGUGUGUGUGUGUGUGUGUGUUUUGUUUUGUUUUUUCUCUUGAUUUAGAAUUGCUUGCCAAUGUCUUGAUGCUGUAAUAAAUCCAUUUAAAACAAAUGGAUCCCUAACUUGUCAAUCAGUUCUGUGUUGACAGGUGAGUGACUAAACAACAUAGGGACUCUUUAAUGAACACCAGAGCAAACCUGUAUUCCUAAGUCUUAAGUGUCCUUGUCCCUAGUUAUGUACAGGUCCCCCCCCUUUUUCCAAUCAUUUUAAUAAAUCAAAGUUUUAUUAAAAGAACACUAUAGUCACCAGAAGAACUACAGCUUAUUGAAUUUGUUCUGGUGAGUAGAAUCAUUACCGUCAGGCUUUUUGCUGUAAACACGGUCUUUUCAGAGAAAAUGCAGUGUUUACAUUACAGCCUAGUGAUAACUUUACUGGCCACUCCUCAGAUGGCUGUUAGAGAUCCUUCCUGGGUCAUGGCUGCCUAAAAUGCACCCAAACAUUCAGUGUCUCCUCCCUCUGCAUGCAGACACUGAACUUUCCUCAUAGAGAUUCAUUGAUUCAAUUCAUCUCUAUGAGGAGAUGCUGAUUGGCCAGGGCUGUGUUUGAAUCAUGCUGGCUCUGCCCCUGAUCUGCCUCCUUGUCAGUCUCAGCCAAUCCAAUGGGGAAGCAUUGUGAUUGGAUCACGCUACCACUUCUGAUGAUGUCAGCAGACAGCUUGUUUUUCUAAAGGGCAGAGCCAGCAACUUCUGGCUUGAAUACAGUAAGAUGUUUACUAUAUUUAUGGAGGCAUGAGGGGCCCAGGGGGGCUAGAUGGUGGUGUUAACACUAUAGGGUCAGGAAUACAUGUUUGUGUUCCUGACCCUGUAGUGAUCCUUUAAACUGUUUCCUUGACGUUGCUCACCUUUCCUCCCGCAAUGCCAUCGAGGAGGCGAUGGUUCAAUCCAAUGCUCCUCCUACACAAGCAUUGGGCACCCGAUGUGCAUGCAUGGCGAGCACUGCACUAACAUCCAAAAUUUCUCAUAGGAAAGCAUUGAAUCCACAGCUUUCGCAUCAUGUGACCACUAUUUUUGCUUGGUCCGUUUGGUGGAAGCGCCUCUAGUGGCUGUGUUGUUUGCAAUUGUUUGAUAUCCGUGAGAGCAGAGUAUUGUUGUGUAUUUUCUUUUAACAAAAUAUCAAAAGGUUAAGCAAGAUAAUUUUUUAUUCUUUGCUUAUUUACCAAGGUGCCAAUAUUAGUCUGAACUGUGUGUAUUUGUAUAUAUAAAUUAAAUCUCAGAAAUGUAUUUAAACAGUAAGCAACAUUUAAUAACUGAAAAUAGGAAAAAGAACCUUCUGUGUCCUGCGUCAUUGCAUUAUUCACAGUACAAAGGGAGAGAAAUCUUAGUACAAUGUAUUGCUUGACGAUGAUACAUUAAUACUCAGAGGUGAGUAUGAAAAUUACUCUUUGCAUAUUGUAUUGAUUUGUAAAGGCAUAAUGGAUUAGGUGCUGUUGUGUUGAUGGGAUAAAUUAUGUUUCUUGUUUGAAAUUCAUUAACCUCUUCACCACUGUAUGUUGCAGUUGUUUUUUUACAAUUUCAAACAAAUGCUGGAAUUAAUGGAUAAUCACUUGCAAUAUAUUGUGUUUUCUUUUGCAUACAUUUAUUAUAUACAAUUCUGGCUAUACCUACCAGUUGAGGUGUGAGAAUUCCCAUGGCUAACCUUGGCAGCCCAGUGCAUACAGGGCUAUGUUUUUGGUAAGUGUAAGUAUGCUACCAGACAAAUCUUAUACCUAGGUUAGUGAUGGCUUACAAUGUUGGCCUCCAUUAACUAGAAUAGUGGUUUUUGGUUUUAUAUGAUACAACCAGAUAAUACAUGCCAUUAGUUUGGAGACUAAUUCUUUAAUUGUAUAUUAAAGUCUGCGCAACCAUUUCAGUAACUUGUUCCCCGUUUCAGGGCUCCUCCGUUUGGAAUUGCUGAGUGAUGAUAGUCCUGGCAAAUAUGAUGAACCUGUCCUAGCCCAGACUACUGAGGCCCAUAUUGAGAAUGCAUUGUUUAUUGGGGUGUAGCCGCUAUCCUACGUUUUAGAAAGUGCCUUUAGAUUUCUCUUCAUCUGUGUCUUGUGUAGGUAAAAUUGCCAGCUUUGGUCUGUGUCAAAUACUGAAACUGUAUCUUUUUUAAAAACCAACAACUUUUAAGGUCUACCCCACAGUCAAUGUAUCACACUCAAGCUUCUAAGAACUGAAUGUGAAAAUAUGUAAAUGUCACUUGGCUGCUUGCCCUGUAUAGUGUAUACUUGGAAUACUUUUUUUUUUUUUUUUAAAUUCUUUAUUUUAUUUGACAAAGUAUUAUAGAACAAGGCAAGAUGUUCCGGUUUAAGCAUAUACCGUGGUCAAGUAUAACAUAACAUAUUACAGUAUAGGCAUACAGUUGAUAAGCGUGGUAGACAUCAGAUGCUACAAUAAGUGCCUGUAGCACAGGACUCUUUAUUAGGGGGCUUGGACAUCACUUUUGUGCUGUCGAUUUUUUUAUUGUAUAUUGAGUCAGUUACAGGUGGCCAGAGCGUGAAGGUGGGUUUCUGUAGGCAUUCGGUGGUGCCUAUCCUAGCGCUAUUGGAGGGUUUCAGGGUACCGUUGGGCGAUGAGAUAUCUCUUAAUGAUGCUGUGGAGUCUCCAACUAUGUUAGAUACAGGUGACGGCCCUUCUGACUUGUUCCAGCUGCAAAUUGUCCCCUGUAUUGUGGAGCCCGCGUUCAACUCCUGCUUUGUACUAGAUACAACUGAAAUACACUUUGGCCUGACUGGGCCCCCCUCCACUCCCUGGCGCCUACCUGCCUGGCGUGUGAAUUCGUGCGUGUUUGCGCUGAUAGUUCGCUUCAGUGUGCUAUCAUUGCCUGCGUGUGCUUAAUGUGUAUAUUGUAUCAAGCGGGCCCUCGUCUAAGGCGAGGACCCGGGUAAGAAGAUAAGAGAAAGGUAGAGUGAAGAUAGAAAGGAGGGUGGGGGGGUGGGUGGACCAGGCGCCCGGGCAGGCGGGGGGAGCCCAAGGGGACGGGGGGGGGGGAAGAAGGAGGCGGGGAGAGGGCGGCGGGAAGGGGGGAGGGCACCAAGCAGACUAGCAUCUUCCACCUCUCGGACCCCCCGGGCCGCGGCCCCGCCAAGCGCAAGGACGGUUACUCCGCCAGGGGGCAGUCCUUCCAGCGUCCCCACGUCCUUUCGAAAGCCUUUUGAGUACUGCGCACCCUUGCUGUGAGGUCGUCCAUUAGGCAACUAUCUUUUAUUCUCCCCAGGAUCGCUGCCCUGGUGGGGGGCUGCAUUUUUAACCAGCGUUGUGCGAGGGCUCGUCUGGCCGCCAAUGUGAUUUUGUUGAAUAGUUUUAGGUCAUAUUUGGGCCAUUCGUCAAUUGGUCUGCCCAGGAGGUAUGUCCACGGGUCAAGGGCGGGUGCCCUCUGGAAUACCUGUCCCAGUAUGUCUCUAACGUCUUCCCAGUACCUGCGGACGACGGGGCACCCCCACCACAUGUGGAUGUAUGUGCCCCGCAGACCACAGUUCCUCCAGCAAAGAUCAGUGGGUGUCUUUCGCAUGCGAUGGAGUUGUACUGGGGUGGUGUACCAUCUAAAGAGGGUCUUGAAAGAUUGUUCCUGGAAGGAAACACAGAUGGAGGAGGUGGCCGCCGUCUCCCAAAUAUCCUGCCAAUCCACUCCCUCUAAUACCUCACCCAGGUCCCUCUCCCAUUGAUCAGUAUAUGUGAGGUUGCCCCAUUCUUUGGUUUCUGAGCAUAUGUGCGCGUAUAACAGCGUGAUUAGGCUUCUGGGAGAUUGCUCUCUAAGGCAUAUGUUUUCAAAGAAGGUGGGGGAUAUGAGUGCGGCCUUUUUUGUGUGCGGUUGCCUGGCGUAGUCUGCGAUCUGGAGGUAUCGGAAAAAAUCGGCCGGGGUUAAGUGGUGUCCCUGCUUUAUGGUGUCAAAUGGGAUGAUGGAACCCUCCACAUAUAGUUGGCAAGCUCUCUGCAGGCCCGUAUGUUCAAUGUUUCUGAAAGCUUGUGCCACUAAACCAGGUGGGAAGGCCCUGUUUCUGAGAUAGGGCAUGAGGGGGGAGGGGGAGGAUGACAGCCGGUAUUUCUGAGAUGUUUGAUCCCAAAUGUGAAUGGAGUUGGUGAUGGCAGGGCAAGCUGUCCGCAGUAUGGGUCUGGAAUCCUUUGGUACCCAGAUAAAGUAUUGUGGGAGGUCGGCGCCCAUUAGGAGAGAUUCCAGUUCUACCCAUUUCCUCGUGUCUAUAGGGGAGUGCCACAUUGCAAUCUGGGCAAGCUGGGCUGCUAAGUAGUAGUUAUGUAAAUUGGGAAGGCCUAGACCUCCCGUUCGUUUUGGGCGGUAUAGCGUGUGCCUCGACACCCGAUGUCUUUUAUUUUGCCAUAUAAAAUUGCCGAUGGCUCUUUGGAGGUGGGCCAGGUCUGUUUUUGCGAGCGGGAGGGGAAGGGCUUGAAAUAGGAAGAGGAUUCUAGGGAGGAGAUUCAUCUUAAUGGAGUGAAUCCGGCCCAUCCAUGAGAUGGGCUUGUCGACCCAAUUCUCCAUGUCUCUGAUAAGAGUAGUUAUCAUGGGGGGGUAGUUGUAUUUGUGCAUUUUGGAUGGGUCUGAAGUCAAUUGUACUCCCAAAUAGGUGAUUGAGUGGGUUGCUAUGUGGAUGCCAUGAGCUCUAUGUAUGUGAGUUAUCACGUCUGGCGUUAGCUCUAUUGGUAAGGCACUGGACUUGGCCAUGUUGGGUUUGUACCCUGAGAGUGGGCUAAAUAUUGCUAGGGUCUCCUGAACAGCCCUCAUGGAGGUGAUCGGAGACGUGAGGGAGAGGAGGACAUCAUCGGCAUACGCCGAGACCAGGAACUUCCGUCCCUGAACCGUUAUUCCCUGGAUAUCAGGAUGAAUGCGUAGCGCCUGAAGGAGUGGUUCCAGUACCAGAGCAAAUAGGAGGGGGGACAGCGGGCAGCCCUGCCUCGUGCCUUUGGACAAUGGGAAGGGGAGCGUGUGGGUCCCAGGGAUGCGUAUCUGUGCCGAGACCCCGUGGUAUAGCGCUCGUAUUGUCGCAGUAUAUGUGUCUGGGAGUCCUAGGUGGUCGAGGAGAGUAAACAUAUACGGCCAUUUCACCCUGUCGAAAGCUUUUUCAGCAUCGAGUGAAACUAUGAGGGUGGGGGUCUUGCUAGUGUGUUGUCGCCAGAUGAUGUCGCAGUUCUUGCGCGUGUUUUCGAAUAAUUGCCUCCCUGGGAUAAAACCCACCUGAUCGGCAUCUACUAGUUUGCUAAGGAAGGGGUUGAGUCUGUCUGCCAGUAUUUUAGCUAGUAGUUUCGCAUCAUGAUUAAUGAGCGAUAUUGGUCUGUAAUUCCCCGGUAAUUGCGGGUCCUUGCCCGGUUUCGGGAUCAGUACUAUGUCUGCUCGAGUGAGGUCUCCGUCAGGGAGGCCCCCUGUCCGGAAGUCGUUGAAUAAGUUCGUCAGGUGGGGGGUUAAUGUUUCUCUGAAGGUUUUAUAGUAUCUGCCGCUUAGUCCGUCCGGGCCUGGGGCUUUAUUACCAUGGAGUUUUGAGAUGGCUCUAUCUACCUCGUCUAUUGUGAUCUCCGAGUCGAGAGCGGCUGUCUCCUCUGGGGACAGUUUGGGCAGGUCUAGCUGUCCUAGGAAGGCAGCUGUCAUCUCCCUCUCGCUCGCCCAUUGCGAUGUGGUGGUCGGGGAGUGGUUAUAUAGGGAUCUAUAGAACUCAGUGAAGAUCGAGGCUAUGUCGGUUGGGGCUGUCUUUAUUGUUCCGUCCGGAUGUUUCAGUGCUGUGAUGUGGUGGCGUGUUUGUCGUGGUCUUAGGGUGCGGGCUAGGAGAGUGUCCAUCCUGUUAGCCUGCUCGUAGAAGGUCCGUUUGGACCAGAGAAGGCUAUGGGCUGCGUCGUCGAGAAGCAGCUCCCUAACGGCCCGCCUAGUCGUGUCUAGUUGGGCAAGUGUGGUCUCCGUGGGGGAAGUCUUGUGGCACUGUUCCCUAGUGCGUAGGGAAUCCAUGAGUUCGCGCAGGCGUUGUGUUUUUGCUUUUUUCUUGUGGGUGGCGAGUUGGAUAAACGCGCCUCUGAUCACCGCCUUAUGCGCCGCCCAGAGUGUUCCCUUGGUUAAGUCGGGGGAGUCGUUGGUGGUAAAAUAGGACAGCUUCUCCUGUAUGGAGGCUACUGCCUCGGGAUCGUUUAAAAGGGAGGUAUUGAGCCUCCACGUCCAUGGGGGGGCUGUACCUAUGUGCUGGAUGCUUAAGUGUAUGUCCGCAUGGUCCGACCAUGUGAUAGAUCCAAUGCUGCUACGUGCGACUUUGGGCACUGUGGCGCUAUUUACCAGGAACAGAUCUAUUCGGGAGUAUGUGUGGUGGGGGGCCGAGAAGAAGGUGUAAUCUGUGUCUCCGGGGUGCUGUGCCCUCCAGAUAUCUGAGUCCCAUUGCCCUGAUAACGCUUUGUCCGAAGCUCCCCUGCCCUGUGAUCGUGGCUGCCCCGCCUUCGCGCUUCUGUCUGCUGCUGGGCACGGAGCCGCAUUAAAAUCGCCACCUAGGACCUGCAUGCCAUGUGAGAGGGACUGAACCUUCCCCUCCAGUUCGGCCCAGAAAUCCCCCUCUGGGGUGUUGGGAGCGUACACGUUUAUAAGGUGUAUAGCUUGCGUGUUUAGUGUGCCGGAGAGGAUAAUGUAUCUGCCGUUGCUGUUUCCCUCUAUGGCUGAGACCCUGAAGGGGCAGUCAUGUCGAAGCAGGAUUGCUACCCCAUUGCGUUUGUUUACUGCUCUAGCCUCAUAUACUGUAUUGAACGUACGGUCCCUAAGGGUGACUGUGGCUUGUUUUGGUAGGUGGGAUUCCUGAAUAAAGGCAAUGUCGGGGCGCAUGCGUUUUAAGUCUCGGAACAUUAGGCGUCUCUUUUUGGGGGGAGUUCAGUCCCUUAACAUUUAGGGAGGUGAUAUUUAGUGUCAUGGUCGUGUCUGUCCGGCCUCGCUAAUGUCCCGUCCCCGCCAUCUGCCCCCCGCCAACCCCCCCCCACGAGGCCCCCCACCCCCCCAAGCACCCGGUCCAAAGAGGAGAAAUGAGAACAGGAGGGUAGGGGGGGGGAGAGAGGAGAGGCUCGAGCAAAAGGGGAGAGAGUAGAAGAAGGUAGAGAAGAAAGAAUAAAGGAGGUAGUAAAUAGAGUAAACAUGUGUCCCUGGUCUUACCAUCUGCCAGGAUCCUAGGAGGGUUGUGUGCCGGUCCUUCCGGCUUCGUGUUUUAGUACGGGGAGUACCGGUCGAUCUUCCCGUCCCUAAUUCCACCGCCUAAACUGUUUUCUUACCUAUUGCCAGUGUUAUCAACUAAGUUGGGCCGAACGUCUAUGCUGUGAGCCUGAAAAACCCAGAUGACCUUAACUAACACUCCAGAGGGGGUGGGGAUCGUAUGAGGGUGAAAAAAGGCAUGAGGGGCAAGGGACGGGGGACGGGCACAUGGAAAGAACAAAUAGCGACUGUGUGCUGUGGGCAUCAUACCUGAGGGCCCCUCCGCCCGGGUCCCCCAGCCCGCAUAUCUGGCCUUAAGGUCCCCGACAUCUCCGGGACCCCCUCCCCCAACCAUCAGGGCCCAUCGGGCGUGCUUGUCAACAUGGGAAGGGAAGGCGCCUGAUCCGCUACAGGGGAAUAUGGGUCCCAAAGUCAUGUGCCUAUCCACAGGCUGCCCGGGGGCCCCGCUCUCCUCAACCCGGCCAUCCCGGGAUGUCUCCAUAGGGUCCCGUCUCCCCUCCCAAUCACUGCAACACCCCCACUCCCGUAGCACUCCAUCCCCCCCUCCCCCCCCCCACCAGUCCAGUCAAUAACUGAGGGUCUCCAGCGUUGUAACUACUCACAGCAGCUAGCACGUCGCGCCUCUCCGACUUCACUGACUGUGGCGGUCCACAAUUUGCCAGUCUCGGGUCAGUAGGCCCAGGUCUUCCUGCUCCAGUGGGACCGUGGAGAGGCUCUGUGGUGGUGGGAUAUCCAGGGCCUGGAACAGUUGGGUUGGGCAUUCUCCUGGCUGCAGCAUGUGAGUGCGGUUGCCCCGGAAUACCAUGAGCUUAAAGGGGAAGCCCCAUGCAUACCGGAUGCCUGCUUCUCGUAGCGCGUCCGUGAUGGGUUUCCAUUCUCUCCGACGUUGAAGAGUGGAGGGAGCGAGGUCCUGGUAUAGGGAGAGGUCAGCAUCCCCAUACCGGAUGGGUGUUUCUCUGCUCUUCUUCAGGAGGGCCUCCUUAGUCUGGAAAUAGAAGAAGCGCAUGAUGACAUCCCUGGGGCUGUUCUGAUCUGCCCGCCUGGCACGGAGCGCUCUGUGGGCACGUUCAAUGUGCCAAAGGUGGUCUGGCAUAUCAGGGAGGAGAGGUUUGAGGAUGGUGUGGAGUAGGUCCUGCAGUGGGCCUUCCCCGGCGGUCUCUGGGAGCCCGCGGAGGCGUAAAUUGUUCCGUCGGGAUCGGUUGGCCAUAUCCUCUAUAGCCAGCUCAGCUGUUCUCAUACGAGCUGUGAGGCGGUUAAUCUGGAGGACCGCUGAGUUGUGGGCAUCCACUGUGGCCUCCUGUUUGUGCUCCAGUCUCGCAGUUCUGACUCCCAGUGCCUGGAUCUCAUUCUGCAGGACCGCGGUGGAUUUCUGUAUCUCCCCUGCCAGGUAGUGUUUGAGCUCUGCUAAUUGAGCUAGGAUCUGUGGGGUUUCCCCCACCUGAUGCUCCGUUGGAGAGGCACUGCGCUGUGGCGGGCUUGUGGGCGCCGGGCCUGCACCGGCGCCAUUUUGGGCCUGUUGCGCGGUCGAUUUUGCGGCAGCAAAUAGAUCCGCUACUGACGUCCCUGCCUCUUGCCCCUUCCUAGGCUGCUUCUUGGGGUUGCGCUUUUCCAUCCUGCAGGGGUUUCGGUUCAGUUCGGCGGCGGUAAGUAUGCCUUUUAUUGCUGUAGGCGGCGGUUUCGGGCCGGAGCUUUAGCUUAGUGCGUCCAGCUCGAUCGUUGGUCAGGCCACGCCCUGGAAUACUUUUUAAAUGGCAAAAUUCCAAGGGAAGAAUUUUCUGUAAAAUAGAACACCUACCUUGAUUCAUACCAUAGAUUAGCACUGCAGGUUUUUUUCAGUAUCAUAGGGUAAUUGUGUAUCCAAAAUUACUAUAUUUUUGUGCAUAUAAUUACUUAUGAGGGUGGAGUAGGGUCUGAAUUAACAAAAAUUUGCACAAAUCCGAAUAACCUAACUUUCAUUGGCUGCAGCAGGGGCCUUUGUAACAAAUGAAGACCCACUCCCUGAUUGCCCAGCACUUAACUCGUGAUCUUACCUGAACAUGCAUACAUUGUAAAGGGGGUUCUGCUGGGCCCAAUUCAUACAACAUACAAAAUGCAGUGCACUCACUCAUUAACUAAACAGCAAUUGCAAAGCUCACAGACUGUGUUGUUUUUUUUGUUGGUUUUUUUUUCGUGCACGAAAAAUACAAAGGCUGGCAAUGCCACAACAGCUAUUGCCAGUGUAGCGUACAGUAGUUAGAAACAGUGGUAUGGCAUAUUAGAACUUUGUACAUUUUAUAUUAUAAUGUAGUUUGAUCAAUAGUUAAAACAUCAUGUCAGCUAUGUAAUAAGGCAUACGAGUUAUUGAUUCAGGAUACACGUACUGACUUUUUGAGGUAUUACGGGGUCGUAAGGUUAAUAGAGACAUCACCUGGUUGCGCGUAUCAUUAAAAAACAAGAUGUAACAUUGCGAACUAUACCCGCUUUCACUUUACAGGGGUUUCCUCCCCCCCCCCUUUGCUAUGGCCUCAGGCUGGGACGUGAGACUGCAUAUAUAUAUAUAUAUCAACAUGGUUGCACGUUUUGGGGAAAGCAGAGAGCAAAAACCAUAGUGAUAAGCAAAAUACGAAAUAAACAUAGGGUUGCUUGAGUCCUGUAAGAGCAGUCUGGCCAUGUCGCAUUCUGUGAAUCUGGCAGUUCAGGAGGCUGCAAGUCAUAGUCAUAGGUAGUGCCUGUGGUGUGUUCUCGACCAGAGUGUGUGUGGCCCUCUGCCGCUAUUCCAGUUUUCUCCAGAAAGUCUUGAAUGCCACGUCUAGCUGCGCCAUACUGUUGGGCUCCAUUGUUUGGUCGGAUGACCUAGUGGUGGCGCUCUGCGCCAUUUUGGUUGCAGCAUUCCUCAUUUGGGGCUGUAGCCACAUCCUCUGAAUGGUCCUUCCUGGGACCAGGAUGACCCCCAAAGGUCCAUAGGGGGGGGAAUGAGGGCCCAUAAUAAAGCUUUUAGUCGUUGUAAGUGGCAGUGGAGUGACGGUCUCCCCCGCUCCGACCAUGCUGGUAGGUCUCUGGCUUUGCUUCGGCCUUAUCUGCGGGUUGUGCUGCAAGUUUCUGUGCAUGCAGUUUGUAUUAUUGUCAUUUAAUGUUUCUGACCAAUAUUUCAUGUACACUGUUAUUAAUAUUUUGAGUGAUAGAAUUUGGUUGCUAAACUUUCCAAUUGUAUUCAAUACAUGGCUUGUCUACCCUCCAUUUCCCUCUCCUAUUCUCCUCCUAGCUGUAAAUACCUUCAUAUAACUGUUCAAUCUCCAUCUCUCUUCUUUAGGCCUCACUUCACACUCAAACUCUGUGAUGCUCUGCAUUUAUUCUCAUCACUUCCCACCCAUCCUCCUCUCCUCCCGCCCAGGUUCCCCCUAAGUAUAUAGCAUGCUCCUCCAGCUGUUGGAGAUUCUCACUCAAUUACUUCUUCAUUCCCUUCAUAUUUUACCAAUGGCUUCUCUCUGUUAACUCUUUUUUUUUAGCCAUCACCUCCAAAUUUACCCUGUUACCUCUUGUCUCAAAUCCCCAUAGUAUCCUUUAGAUCAUGGGUCGUCAACCUGGUCCCUACCGCCCACUAGUGGGCGUUUCAGGAUUCCAGGUGGGCGGUAGGGAUUUUCUAAUUUUGAUAGAUUGGGCGGGCCCUGCGACCGGGUACCGCCAUCACUACUUGUGGCCCCGGCCGCGCGGCAAACCGCCGGGGCCGCAAAUGGAGGAUUCCAUCGAGUGGCCCAUGCUGUCAGGGGCCAUCCGAUGGAUGUGGAUUGUAACGGGGCCCGGUCAGCGCUGGGCGCUUUAACAGCGCGACCGGGCCCCCUGUGAUUACAUCACACGCUGGGAGGAAGUGACUGCACGUCACUCCUCCCAGCUAACACACAGACAGCGUGGGAGGAAGCAGAGGGAGUCAGAGUGGGACCUCAUCUAGCUAAGCACUUUGUAUAAAAUAGCUCCAAUGGCUAGAUAUCAGCUUAUGGGCAGGGCUCUCUUUAACUCUUGUAUUUGUCUGUGUGUUUUGUACGUUUUCCACAAAUUGUACAAUGCUGCGGAAUCUGUUGGCGCUUUAUAAAUACCAGUAAUAAAUACAAAUUAUUCAGUAUCCACCUGCAACCUAAUAUCUUCUCUUGAGAUUAACUCAUUUACUUGGGAAAUCCUUCCUCCUGGGGCUCUCUGCAGAUCAAUAGGGCCCUGGAAUGGGCCAGGACUUGAAUAUCUAUAUACAUAGUUGCAUAAGUUGAGCCCUUCUCACAUCUGUUAAUGCUGUUGAUCCAAAAGAAGGCAAAACACCCAGUUUGAAGCUCUAUCCAAUCCAACAAACUAGAAAAAAGGAUGCUGUGCACAGUGCUGCCCUGUGCUCUGCUGACAGCAGAUCUGAGUGCAAGGAGGCAUAUUAUGCCUCCAUCAACUCCGAAGUCCCUCUGGUUCACUGUGAGUGACUGCAACUGAAGGUGUUCCUAGCUUUCAAUGUAAACACUGUGUUUUCUGACAAAAUACAGUGUUUACAUGAGAAAGGCUGCAGGGAGCUAUAGUUCUCACCUGAACAACCUCAUUAGUCUGAAGUUGUUCAGGUGACUAUAGUGUCCCUUUAACUUGUUUUGCCAUGUUCGUGUUCAGGGCAUUUCCUAGACUAUCUUAUAAGGUUAAGAGAAAAAGCAAGUCCUGUAAAGCUGACUGUGAACUAUACACUGCCAAUUCUGAGUGUUUCUUGGUAAGCGCAAAAUUUGAAUAGCAAAUUCAGUCCUUAUUUAGAAUGUAGGACAAUUGUGGUCAUUUAGGUUUUUCUUAUCAGUGACUUCCAGUUGUGCUGGAAGUGUCAAGUGACUGUGUAUAUAAACUAUGCUUGUUAAGUGUCUGUUGGCUCAGCUGUUCUCAGUGAGCCAAAUACAAGGGGGGUCAGGAAAGGGUGUAUAGGUUUGUGCUAUAUUUUGGACCACUCCUCUGGCAUUAAGGCAGACACUUCCUUCCUGCUGGAUCUCAUACAUUACCCGUUUUAAAAACGAUGCUCUCUGUCAGUGCCGUAUAGAAUAAAUAUAUAUAUUGAGGUGUAUAUAUAUAUUUUUAAUAGAGCCGCUAUGGAGGUAAUAUAACACACAGACAUAUUUCUUUGUUACUUUCUCUUAAAACAUUUUAAAGCUUUUAAAAAAAAUUUUGUGGGCCCAGGACACACUUGAAAAUGAGAAAUCGCAACGUAUCCUUCCUGGUAAAAUAUUUUUAUAAAUAAAUUUAGCUUUCAGUGAGAUUUGCAGCAGGUGAAUAAUAGGAUAUCUUUCAUAUUCCAUAAAUCCCCAAUAGCCGAUCUCUGGUCAACAUGCCUAAAGACCAUUGCUACCACAGUCAUAAUAUCGGCAGGAUAGACCUAGUGACAUAAAGAAUGCGUAAGGCUGGCUGUAUAAGGGAAAACAUUCCGCUGUGAUUUGACUUUUCUGGUAAGACACCCAGAUAUACCAACAAACCUCACUUUCAAUGUGCUUCAUGAAAUAUUGGUGUUGAAUAAUUCCACUAUGAUCCUUCCAAUUGCCAAUAACUGAAACAUACCACUAAAUAUUGGAUCCCUUUAAUUCAAGGUGUUAUAUACCUCUAUUUGUUUUAGUACUGCACUCUCAGGAAAUAUUUUAUACUUAAUAGAUGUGGUAAUUUAAUUUAUAUCUUAGUGAUAUAAGUUGGAUCUAUUCAAAGUGCCGAGUUUUUGAUCCUUGGUCCAGCAGACGGAGAAAAUGUUAACAUCAAUUAUUAUUUGUUUUUCUUUCCUUUAAAUCUCAAUUUGCUAAUGACAACCAGAUGUUGGAACUUUUUAUUUUUUAUUUUUUUUAACUCAUUUUUAACAUUCCAUUGCCUUAAAUAGAUUUAACUAGAUUGGUGAUUUAGACUGAAGAGGUACAAACGGUUACUGUCAAGAUGCUACUCAAGUUUGUCACAUUUAGCGAUUUUAAACAAUUCAGUCUCAAGAGUAGCUUGAAUUUCUAUGCUUAAGUUUAACCUGUUAAGUAAAAAUCUAAAUCAAAUCAGUGUUUUAUUUUGUGUAGGCUUGGGCGAGAACCUGUUUGCCUUCCGUUUUCUGUUAAUUUGCUGUAUAUAACCUAUUUUGUAAAAUUUCUAAAAGUUAACAGGAAAAGGUUGGGUAUAUAAAUUGUAAUGUGUAUGCUUUAUAGAGCUCUGAUGUAUUAGAUUGGUUUAUUUCUUUGAAAAUCAUAAAGUCUGCUUGCUCUAUGUGACAUGUAGAGAGCAGUAUUCUGUGUGUGUGUGUGUGUCUGCGUAAGGCUUGAUAGUGAUCGUUAAUUUCCCUUGGUCGAUACCGUUAUUUAUGCUUUAAGUUUUAUACUUCAAAAAAGUAAGAGCAUAUCUAUUUUAUUUACUUCCUUAUGGCUCAUGCAGUUUUCAGCAUCAUGGGGAAAGUUUUUUUUAUUUUAUUUUAACAUCCCUUAAAUUGGAGUGCUUGGAAAGAGUUAUCUGAUCCUGCAAGAAUCUUUGAGCUGGAGGGAGAAAUCUCCUCCCUGCCCCCAACUAUUCUAAAAACCCAGCUGUGGUAUCUAAUUCCUCACUAUGUCAUCAGACAGUUGAUAUUGUGGAAAUGUGUAUAUACCUUUAAAUUUCACUUUGCACUUCUCAUAGCUUAUAUUUUCAGUUUCAAUGUGAUGUUCGACUGAUGUAUGUGUUUAAUUUCAAACUAUUCUAUUAACUGCAGAGAGGGCACACAGUGAUUUAGAACCCAGUCAGAGCCCAUGUUUUUUGUCUUAGAAAAUUGUGAUUUGUUAGAAGUGAUAAAUAAAUCUGAAGAUUAGGCUGGUGUUCUUGGCUUCCUGUGAAUUAUUACACAUUCUGCAUACCAAUGUGCCAGUUGCCUCUUCUAAAAGACUGCCGGAUAAUUAAAGCAUUCACAAGUUUCUCAUUUAUUCCAGCCCAGAUUACAUUUUGACUGUCAAUGGAUACUGGCUGAAGUUGAAUGUGUCCCUAAAAUAGAUAUUCCACAACUGAGACAAAAUUGUGCCGACUCUACAGAUCUGACCACAGAUUAAAAAAAACAAAACAACACUUAUCUGAAUUCACAAAAUUCCCAUCAUGUAACUUGGAACAAACUAUAUGCAGAGAAACAUUAAUUCAAAGAAAAGUGUGAUUUUUUUUUUUUUUUUAAAGAUUUCAUAUUUUGUAUACCCUCCCUUAUAAAGCAAAACUGAAAGAAAUUUAAGGUGAAGGUCAAAAUAAUAAAAGGAAAUCACAUGUGAGUAAACUAAGACAGUUUUUAAUUCAGUCUCCUUUCCAAGACUUAACCAUGCUGUCAUUGUUAGGGAAGGAUGUACUUUAUAUAAUUAUUGUGGUGGUAGCUUUAAAGGACCAUCAUAGUGCCCUGAGGGUGCCCCUCCUGCCGGGCUCUAGGGGGAGGAAGGGGUUAAACUUAACUCUUUCUCCAGCGCUGGGCGGGGGACUCUCCUUCUCCUCCAUAGCGACGUCAUUGGCUGGAUGCGCAUGCGCGGCAGGAGUCUUCUCACUGUGAAAAUCAGCGAGGAAGCGCCUGUAGCGGCUGUCAAUGCGAGCCACUAGAGGCUGGAUUAACCCAAUUAUAGAAAAAAGGGUUAAACCUAGCUGGACCUGGCACCCAGACCACUUCAUUAAGCUGAAGUGGUCUGGGUGCCUAUAGUAGUCAUUUAAGUGGUGCUGGGACAUUGCUUACAAUUAGGGGAUGUAGAUGAGUGUUACGUGCCUUUUUAUGGGUAUGGUUUGAAUCGGUGGGCUGCUAAACUCGCCUACAUUAAUAUGUGAGUCUAGCAAGUGAAAAUGUAAUGUUAACAAAAAGAAACUGGAUUUGUAGAUAUUUGAUAAAAUGGUCCUUAAAAAUGUCUCAAAACACUUGAAGUGGAGUACCUUGGGAUGUCUUCCUUAAUGUCACGAUGGCUGUUACAUUGUCUCACAUGUGUCAUAACAAGGCAAUCUGUUAACAUUAUCAUAACUGGUCUGGGGAAGUCCCUAUAUCUUAAAGGACAUCUGUCACUUCUUUACUUUUAAAAUGAUUUAUUAAACCUUUAGAGCUUGACAUCACACUUCAGUUCCUUGGCACAGUCAGGGAGCGUGUAAUUUAAAAGUGAGAAACGACCACAAUGCUGUGUAUCAGUGGACUGUUCUAAAAAGGGGCCUGAAGUUGGACAGUCCCCAAUUACCAGUAGAACCAGCAGGCACAUUAAAACAUGCGAAAGGAGUGGAGUCACCAAUGAAACCACUUUUUAGAACACUUUGAUAAAUGACCCACUGUUUCGGUGCUUUGCUCUCUCUGUGCUCAAUGACAGGUGCAAAGGGCAGAGUUUAUAAUAAUAAUUAACAGAGAGCCAGGAUGUUGGUGCUCAGUUCAAGGAAAGCUUACCAGGUAGACAAGAUAGAUGUUGAUAAAGAUAUAAAGUAAAGUAGUUGUGCAUUGAAAUUUUGUCUUAAGUGUGCCUUGGUCCAAAAAAGGUUGGUAACCACAGCUCUUAACGUUAAAAUAUAUAUUUCUCGGAUAUAUAUAAUCAAACAGGUCACCAUUAAUGGCCAGUACGAAAGGAUGGCCCACAUGAGUUCAAACAGGUCUCACAAACGAUGGCAGGCUGGGAUCUAUGGGAGGUAUGGGUGACCUUACUGAGUGAGCAAGGAACUUAACAAAACAAACAUUAGGGACACGCAAUUCAGUGACUCAUAGACACAAGCAAUGCAUAGUAGCUAUACCACCAUUCGUGAACCAAGCACUGGACCCCCCUCCGGUCUCAAGACACCCUCAUAAACAACAAACAAAUGUUCUCAGGAUACCGAAACAUCCAUUCUCGCCAACUUAGGUCCCACUGGGGAGCUUUCCCUUCUCAUGACUCUUUUCUCUCUCGUUUCACACUUUAACCUUCUCUACCUACGUAUAUCGUUACCAUCACAGCCAAGCCACUAUAAAAGGUACCCACAAUGCCAUUGUUAAAAGGCCCACUGACCAGCACGACAAAACCACCGCCUCACAGGCAUACACAACUGGUCAUUGGGACGAGUGGUUAUGUGCCACUAGUAGGGCACACUUCUACCCCAUUGUACAGCACUAUGGAAUCUGGCGCUAUAUAAAUAACAAAAUAAUACGAAGAAACCCUGCUCAUAAUAUACAAAUGAACAAAAUACUGUGGUGUACAGCCUCCCCUACAUAUCCCUACACAACAGCACUUCUACAUCGGUAUAUGUGGGACUUAGAAGGUGACUACGAUGCAAAUGUACUGUAUUAUAUUUAAAAUGUAAUCGUUGACCACACUGUCAUUUGUAACCACCUUGUUCAAAUAAUAAAAUAAAUAGACAAAAAAUUUUCUCCGUUUAGAUAACUGGCUUUGGGGGACAUAGGGUACAUGUGCAACAAUCACGUGCUCGUCAUAGGAAAAACAAUGAAUAAAGCGUGUCAGAGAGAAGCAUUCAACAUGAUGCUUCUCUGUGAGAAGCACUGCACGUGUUUAAAGUCAUCAUGCUCUGCGCAAAGGUAUUCAGUGAGUCUGACAGCCACUAGAGGUGAAGUUUAGGCAAAAUGUAAACUGUUUUACACUGCUGAACAAAAGGAUAGAGCCUUUGGACCAAAACCCCCUUUGUUAAGCUUUUUUUUUUUUUUGGGUGUCCCUUGUGAUUGCUGUGCAUAUUACACAAUAUGGAGUUAAUUAUUUGGAACGGAGAGGAUUGGCUGAGGAAUAUUAGUCACUUGCUUUUUCUUCGAAGCUGCAGAUUUUCAGUAGACAAAAACAAAUUAAACAACCACUGCAGUGAGGAUUUUUUUUUUUUUCAUUUUAAGGGAAGUUGUUUGAAGUGGAAAGCACCCAAAAUGACAUUUGACCUAUAGUCGUGAUCAUAUUGUUGCACACAUGGUCUUUUGCACUCAUCCAGUAGAGCAUCAUUUUCCAAUUGGUGCUCCGCGAAAGCCUGGGGUUCUGCCGCAAUUUGGCCCGGCCGGGUGCCGCUGAUAAUUGAGGCAGGCGGCGAGGGAGCACUCUCCCCUGAUAAGCUUCCUUGCGUGCACUGCAGUGAUGCCAGAGCCGGAAUAUGAUGUCACUUCAGCCCCGCCAUCAUUAAAAGGCGCGCGAGGGUGCUGAGCAGGAAGAUCACUGCUCCCUCGCGGCCCGCACUGUACGCCAGCCGCUCAGCCCCACUGGACCUCAGGGACUGCACGCCAGUAGCCCCACUGCCAAAAUGUUUUGGCAUGCUGAAGCAUUUACUGGAAUUAAUGGGCCUAGCCCAACUCCUAAAAAACAGACCAAUAUCAUUUUCCCUCCUCCACAAAUUUUACAGUUCUGCCAAGUGCAGCCAGACAGGUAACAUUCUCCUGGCAUCAGCUGAAUGCAGACCCUUGUUCCGUCACCUCUCAGAACAUGUCCAGUGGCUGCGUCCUUUACACCACUCCAUUCGACGCUUGGCAUUGUACUUGGUGAUAAGGCUUGAAUGCUGCUUGGUCUAGGAAAACCCAUUCCAGGAUGCUUCUACAUAUGUUUUUGUGCCAUUGGAAGUUUGGAACUCUUCAGCUAUGGAAUCAAAGUGUUGGCGACUUAGACACCAUGCGCCUCAGCACUCUCUAACUCUGCUCUGUGACUUAACGUGGUAUUCCGCUUCAUAACUGAGUUGCUGCUGUUUCCAGUAAUUCCACUUACAGUUGACCAUGGAAUAUUUAGCAGGGAUGAAAUUUCAUCAACAGACCUGUUACAAACGUGACAUGCUAUCACAGCACCACACUUCAAUUCACUGAGCUCUUCAGAACGACCAGUUUAUUUCACAAAUGUUUGUAAAUGCAGACUGCUUAGCUAGGUGCUUGAUUUUAUACACCUGUGGCAAUGGGUCUGAUUGCAACACCUGAAUUCAAUUAAGAGGCGUGUCCCGAUACUUUUGUCUAUGUGUGUGUCUUGGACAGGAAGCCAGGUAAAGAGCCUUUUAUAGGUAACCCAUUGUGAAGCUUAGAUU